CAGAUUUAGCAUAGCUUUCAUCUAUUCAAAAUCGGAACAAAGCCCCUUGGCGAAAGAGAACAACUCCUCAGAGGAGGUAUCCAGUGAGACUUGUGGCCGUCCGUCCAUUUUUUUGCCCCCCUUAAAUGUGGGUGACGACAAGGUGGGAAUGUGUUUGAGUGAUUAGUGAGAGUUGAUCUUACAUCACCUGGACUGGAGUAUCAUUUUGCUAUCACCCAGAUUUUGUCACGUGGUCACGAUGGAUAACCAACUCAUCAUGGGCACUGAAUUUAUACCAUGAAGUCAUUGCUUACGCAGGAUGUAUGGAAGCACGAUUAUUCAUUCACUCUAAUGCAUGGUGGAGAAGGCAAUUGAGCAGCUAAGGAGUAAUAAUUUUCCAAAAUUCGAGAGAGAGAGAGAGAGAGAGGAGUGGAUGGGGGAUAAGGGUAAAGUGUGCGUGACAGGAGCAGGAGGGUAUGUAGCUUCUUGGCUGGUGAAGCUUCUUCUCUCCAAGGGAUACACUGUCCAUGGAACCCUCAGAGAUCCUCAGAAUGAGAAAAAUGCUCACCUAAUGAAACUUGAAAAAGCAUCUGAGAACCUGAAACUCUUCAAGGUAGAUCUGCUGGAUUACAAUUCGCUUUCUGCAGCCAUCGCAGGAUGCAAUGGAGUGUUCCAUGUAGCCAGUCCAGUACCCUCCAGCAGCGUUCCAGAUCCCGAGAUACAACUAAUUGAACCUGCUGUAAAGGGUACAAUUAAUGUACUCGAGGCAUGUUCUGAAGCCAAUGUCAAGCGAGUCGUGGUUGUAUCUUCUGGAAAAGCUGUUUCUGAGAACCCUGAUUGGCCCAAGGGUCGAGUGAUGGAUGAAACUUGCUGGUCUGAUAAGGAACACUGCCGAAGAACUAAAUACUGGUAUGCUCUAUCAAAAACAGAAGCAGAAAGUGCCGCUUUGGAGUUCGCGAAAACAAGCGGGCUUGAUGUCGUGAGAGUUUGCCCAACCUUUGUUUUCGGGCCAAUGCUCCAAUCGACGACUAAUGCUAGUAGUUUGGUCCUCAUAAAGCUUUUGAAAGAAGGAUAUGAGGAACAGGAAAACAGGUUGCUGAAGAUAAUAGAUGUACGCGAUGUAGCUGAGGCACUGCUAUUGGCAUAUGAGAAGCCUGAAGCUGACGGGAGGUACAUAUGCACGGCUCACAUGAUCAAGUUACAAGAUCUGGUGGAAAUCCUGAAGAGGAUUUACCCCAACUACAACUAUCCUAAGAAGGUUACUGAGGGAAAGGAAGAAGAAAACAUCAGUUCUGAGAAAUUGCAGAAGCUAGGUUGGAGUUAUAGGCCAUUAGAAGAAACACUUGUUGAUUCGGUUGAAGGCUACAAACAGGCUGGACUUCUGGACCAAAAUGAGUUAGGCAUUCCUUUGUAGUAUUUGCAGAUUCUUGUCAUAGUUAGAGCCUUUUCGUUAUAAGUAUGUUUGGUUGGUCGGCCUCGAGUUUGUGGGUCUUGGACCAAGUGCGUGGGACCCACAUGUAUAAUAAGUUAUUAAUAUUUAGUGCUGAUUUAUAUAAUAAAUUGGUGUCAUGGGGGCGUUGGUGUUAUAACUUUUGACAUUUAGAAGUUGGAGCAAGAGUCAUAUAAUUGGAGGGGCCAAAGUGCAUUUCUGCACUUGUAAGGUGCAAAAUCAGUGAACUCAACAUGAGCUCCCUGUUUUU